AUGUAUGGAGAUCUCUCCCCUCGUGCUACAUCCUGUCUGUUGCCGUUGCCUGCCGUGCCGAUUGCUUCUGGGAGUGAAGUUGUUGUCGAGGUCGUGGCUCCGGUGCUGCAGAUUAUGCCUGAGCUCCAGAAGGUUUGUGGGGAGCCUACUUCGCCUAUUUCGAUGGUGCUUUCUAAGGAGAUGGGGCCGCUUGGAGGGAACUUGGUGAUGUCGAUUGCGACCUCUCCGCCGUCGUUGGAGCCCAUUCAGACACCCGACUUUGUGGACUGUGGAGGUUUGGCUGCUACUAUUGCUCUCUCACCUGUGGUUGUUGACCAGGUGGCGUCUGCAGGUGAUGAGGUAGGUGCUUUGGCACCUAAUUCUGAGGUGACGAAGCCCAUCCGGUCGCCCAUCUUUGACCGUGAUGCUAUGAUGGCACGUAUUGACGAGGUAGUCUUUCUGAAAAAGCUUCGCCGCUUGUUCGCCUCCUUGGAGGUAGCUUCUCCUGGGUCUGGCAAGGCGAUUGCUUGCCUCCUAGCGGAGGAGGUUUCUACAGGCAAAAUAAAGAAGGUGAAGAAGGCUCUCAGGACCAUAGGCAAGAAGAGUGGUGUCAUUGGUAAGGCAUUUCAGCAGCAGGCCCUCCGGGGCACGCCGAUGCCAGAGGCCAUCGCAGACCUUGUGCAGAAAGGCAUCGAUGAUGCGCCUCGAGUGGUGCGCUACCCUGCAUUCCCCAGCAUCAGUUUGUGCGGUGCUUGGACCGGCAUGUGCACGGCGAGCUUGGCGGCACCGACGGGCAUCUUCUUCUACGAGGCACAGCUGCGUCCGGGCAGCACCAUGACUAUGUCCUUCCCUGCAGAAGCUGAGCCGCCCAUCCUCCCACACGACCUCGCCGAGAAGGUCCCCUUCGCAAACCUAAGCGCCGUCCUCACCACCUUCAACAUCCCAACAGGCUCCGCCCAGGCAUCCCACGUGGCGAAAACACUGAGCCUGUGCCAGUCGCCGCCGCACGUCGGCGAGCUUAGGGUCUGCACCACGUCGCUGGAGAGCGCCGUGCGGAGCGCCAUGAACAUGCUAAUUGGUCGCUCCACCGGUGGUGACCAUGGUAUGUGGAUGGCCACGUCGGUGCUCCCGGCCGGCGGCGGCCUGCCACGUCAGCUGUACGAGGUCCAGGCGGUCACCAAGCUCCAUGGUGACUACUUCGUCGGCUGCCACAAGAUGCCAUUCCCCUACCGCGUCUACCAGUGUCACAUGACGGCCGGGCUCACGGACAAGGGCUACGUGGUCUCGCUCCGGGGACUCGUCGGCGGGGGCCCGACAGCCAAGUUGUUAGCAUUCUGCCACUUUGACACGUCCAAGUGGAACCCGGCUCAUCCGGCGUUCGAGGUGCUACGUACACACCCUGGAACGCCGGUGUGCCACUUCAUGCCCUACGCCAAUCCGGUGUUUGGCAUUGGCAAGAAGGCGACCAAACCGUACUAG